AUGUUGACUCAUACUGCCACAGACAUGAGAUGGCAUAAGGAAAAACGGGUAGACGACGAAGUGAUGCGGCAUCCUGCAAAUGGGGAGGCAUGGAAAGAGUUCGAUCGAACAUUCCCUGAGUUUGCUGCUGAUCCCCGAAAUGUUAGAUUGGGACUUGCCACUGACAUAUUCAAUCCGAACGGGGUUCUAAACCAACACCAUAACACUUGGCCGAUUUUCGUAUUCCCAUGUAAUUUGCUGCCUUGGAAAUGCAUGAAAAAAGAAUACAUGAUGAUGACUGUUUUGAUAACUAAGGAUCCUGGCGGGUCAAUCGAUGUUUAUUUAAGGCCGUUGGUUGAUGAGCUCAAGGAUUUAUGGACAAACGGUGUGCGUACGUACGAUAAAGCCACUGGGAAGAUGUUCACUUUGCGGGCAGCAGUGAUGUGGACUGUGAAUGAUUUUCCCGCAUAUGCAAUGGUUUCUGGGUAG